AUGGCGGACGGAGGAUUUGAGUUAGAAGCUGAAGAAAAUGACAACCCUGGAUCGCCAGCUGUUCGAAGGAACAUUCCAUUAAAACUGAAGUCAAAAAGUGCUCGUGGUCGUCCUAAAGCGAGACCAAGAGUGACAAGAACCACAAGAGCAUCUGUCAGAAGAAAAUCUACUGCUGAUGAUGAUGAUGGAGAUGAGCAAUUGGAUCAAGGUGACAAACCAAGGAUUUAUUUUCCUAUUCACCAAAAAUGUCAGCUGAAAUGGGAUCAAAAGUUGGAUCUGAUUGGAGAGAAAGUUGUUGAUCCCAUGAUACACUGCUGUUCAAAGUGUGACCUGCCAAUACUUAUCUAUGGACGCAUGAUACCAUGUAAACAUGUAGUUUGCUUUGAUUGUGCCAAAAGGACUGAUAAAAACUGUCCCAGGUGUGGUGAUACAGUCCUGCGAAUUGAGCAAUCACAUCUGGGAAGCAUCUUUGUUUGUACAUAUGGUACCAGUAAGCAUGGAAACUCUGGAUGUAGAAGGACUUACCUCUCUCAGCGAGACUUGCAAGCUCAUAUUAACCAUCGUCAUAAUCGCCCAGCACAGACUGAAAGCAUUCCUCCACCUGCAGUUCAGGAACGUCCUGUGGCUGAUCAACGAUAUAUAAGUCCUCAUGAAUCUUAUCGUACUCCACCUCCACCACAGAGAGUUAUGCGAGAAUCCCAUGCCAUGUAUGCUAAUACCUCUGAGGAGAGAAAAGAUCACACUCUGCCUUCAACUUCUUACCAAUCUACAAUUCCAGUUGUUACUGGAGGAAGAACAAGUAAUUUGAUCACUGUUCCAAUUCAUGACGGUGACAAGGACUACAGAGACGACAAAGCACAACUUAGGGGAGGGCCCCCUCCUGUGCAGCUUCCUCCCCAUCCAAUUCAUUAUCCUGGACAACCAACUUCUGCGCCUCCACCUCCUGGACCACCUCUGCCUCAACAUGCUUACCCUCCCCCACAGAAUAACUAUCCAUCCACCUCACUGGGUGGACCUCCAAUGUCAUACUCAGGACCUCCUCCAUCGGUGCCGGUACCUCCACAUUUUACCACAGCACCAAUUCAUCAUGGACAUCCUGGACCCCCACCACCUCGUUUUGAAGGUGGCCCUCCUGUUAGGUACAGUUCAAGUCCAAGACCUCCAUAUGAUGAUGAAAGAGACAGCUUAAGUCCCCCAUUUACUAGCCCUGGAGGACAUAGUCCUAGACCAGGUGGUUGGCCUAUUAGUGGACCACCACCUCCUCCUCCCCCUAGAGUACCUCCACCAUCCAGGCCAAUGCCUGUACCAGGACCUAGAAUGCCACACUCAGCUGCUGGACCCCCACUUGAAAUGGGUCCUCCUCCAAUGAUACCUUCAGACAAACCUGUGUAUGGUAACAGAACAUAUUACCAAUAAGAAAAUGUCUUCAGAAUUUUUUUUUUUCCAAGAAAAAAUAACUUGUAAAUUUAAAACAUUUAUAAAAUACUUUGCUGACAAUGUAUACAUAUUAUUCAAGAGAAUUGGACAAAUCGAUUUGAAUGUGGAUUAUUGUGGAGACAAUAUAUUGACUGAUUAAUGCAAUUAAUGUCUUUGUCGGAGAAUAAUGUCUAUUCAUUACAAGUAAUCACUGUCAUGCAAAUUGUAUCAAAUAUGAGAAAUUGAAUACAUGAUCCAGUUAGACUUCAUUGUGUAUUUUUUGUUGAGCUUUAUGCCCACCAUCUAGAUUUACGAGGAGCUUGUUGCAUCCUCCCCUAGCAUUAUUAAGCAGUUUAUCCAUUAGUAUUAAUCCAAUACUACUCACAGUACUGGUACAGGAUUUUUGUUCACUUUCUCUUUCUGGGCACAAACACAGGGAAUCAUAUUAAUGCAUAAUUCAAGGUUUUCAAUCACAUAAAUUGUGCGAGAUAAUGUCUGGAAAUUGAAGUGACAUUUAAACAAAUCUUGGAACAUUGUGCAUAAACUAUCCUCACUAAUAAAACUUUCCACAU